AUGUUACUAAGUAAAGUCCCAUCAAGUUUUGAGAUCAGGAAGCAUAUGCAACCAAAGAAGUCAAAUAGGCCAACAAUGAUCAGAGAGAAGAGGGGAAAGGGGGACCUGGCCCUGAGAGCGGAGGGCGCCCCGAGGGAGCCCCAGCAUGCUUCAGGGGACCUCUACGAGGUUGAAAGAAUCGUAGACAAAAGGAAGAACAAAAAAGGUAAAUGGGAAUAUCUUAUACGGUGGAAAGGUUAUGGAAGCAAUGAAGACACGUGGGAACCGGAGCAUCACCUAUUGCACUGUGAAGAGUUUAUCGAUGAAUUCAAUGGACUGCACGUCACAAGAGAAAAACGGGCGAAGCAUGGGAAACAAGCCGGCACUCCAAAAUUUUUACGAGAAAACCGGGGAUCCUCCCUGGAUAAAAUAUCGCACAGACCCUCCGACUCUGGGAAAAGCAAGGGGUUGUCCCAUAAAAGGAAGCGCAUGGCCCCAACAUUUCAAAAGCCAAAAAAGGGCUAUGCGGCCAAACCAGCAUCUUCAGGCGACAGAGCGGCUAAAACGGUAUCUUACCGGACUACUCCCAGUGGUUUACAGAUUAUGCCGUUGAAAAAGCCACACAACGGCCUGCAGAAUGGAGACACCAAUUUUGAGAAGGAUACUAGUCAUUUUGGAAAUGGCUCCCAGAAGCCAAAUGUGGAUUUAAAUGAACAUGAAGGGGAACCUGAUUUGCCUGGAGUAUUGGAUGUUAACAAUGAGCCGCCCAUCAUGAAUGGGAUUGGUUCCUCCCUGUCAAAUGGAAGCCUGAAUCUUCAUCACACUGUGAAAAGGAAGCUGGAAGGGGAAAAGGAUUACGUUUUUGAUAAGAGACUCAGGUACAGCGUGCGUCAAAAUGAGAGCAACUGUCGGUUCAGAGACAUUGUUGUACGCAAAGAAGAUGGAUUCACGCACAUCCUCCUCUCCAGUCAGACCUCAGAUAACAAUGCACUGACUCCAGAGAUCAUGAAGGAGGUCCGGAGAGCACUCUGCAACGCAUCUGCCGAUGACAGUAAACUUCUGCUUCUCAGUGCAGUGGGCAGCGUCUUCUGCAGUGGCUUAGAUUACUCCUAUUUAAUCGGCAGGUUAUCCAGCGACAGACGAAAGGAGAGCGCAAGGAUUGCAGAAGCUAUAAGGGAUUUUGUAAAAGCAUUUAUUCAGUUUAAGAAGCCAAUUGUGGUUGCAAUCAAUGGUCCUGCCCUAGGCUUGGGAGCUUCUAUAUUACCGCUCUGCGAUAUUGUUUGGGCAAGUGAAAAGGCCUGGUUUCAGACCCCUUAUGCAACGAUUCGGCUUACUCCAGCUGGCUGUUCAUCUUACACCUUUCCACAGAUACUGGGUGUCGCUUUGGCAAAUGAAAUGCUGUUUUGUGGAAGGAAGCUCACCGCACAAGAAGCCUGCAGCAGAGGACUCGUCUCUCAAGUUUUUUGGCCCACGACAUUUGGGCAAGAAGUGAUGCUGAGGGUAAAAGAAAUGGCAUCCUGUAGUGCAGUGGUGCUCGAAGAAUCUAAAUGCCUAGUUCGGAGUUUCCUAAAAUCCGGCCUUGAAGACGUGAACGAGAAAGAAUGUCAGAUGUUAAAACAGCUCUGGAGUUCUUCGAAAGGAUUGGAUUCGUUAUUCAGCUAUCUGCAAGACAAAAUUUACGAAGUCUGACAUUGUGGUUUCGCAACUUGAAAGAGAAACGGAAUUAUUAUUAUUAUUUUUCAGAGGGAAAAAAAGAUUUCAGGCUUCGGAGAAGCCUUGAAAAAAAUGAUAAUAUGAAAGUCCAACCUAUAUCCAAGGACUCCUUCCGAGGAAUUUGUGACGGCGCGUCUAACAUACCUAUGGUUGUGUCAGUUUCCUUGUGAGUUAAACAGAGAGACAUUCAGUGGCUUUUCCCAGCAAGACUGGUUCUUGUUCAAUGGAGAAAGCAAUGGAUAUGUUAUCCACAGCCUUUGCUGGGAGCACCAUUUCAACACAAUGAUGGCUCAAGAAAACCUUACAUUCCACAUGCUGGAAAAGCACUAACGUUGCCCCUUGCAACUACAAAUCUCAGUUUCUUUGUAACCUGUUUUAUUUUUAAUGAAGUGAUUUUCUUUUGGCAAACUAUAAGCAACUCGUCUUUGCAUCGACCCAAACGGCUCAGUUUCAAAACCGACCUACUUUUGUUUCGUUCAAAACAUGAAUGAAUGAAUGAAUGAAUGAAUGGGCGGGGUGGAAUCUAAUUUAUACGUAUGAUGUAUAAUAAUAAUGAUGAUGACAAUAAUAAUAAUUUUGCAACAACAAAAAAAUCUUACUCAGAAUUUUUGUUGGUCCCCCCCCUUUCCAGUUGAAUUUAUUUAAUUAAUUUAUUUGCGUGUGCAUGUUUACGUCUCCGUGUGUUUUACGUGUGUGUGUGUCACACCAACACAUACAUUCAACUCUUGGUAUCAUUGAGAUACUAUUAUACUUGUUAUUAUUAACAUAAUUAUUGUAAUAUUUCCCAGGAUGAGACAUGUGUUGCAUAAGUGUACAAGCUCUUUGGUUGACUUUAAACGAAUGGGUGAGAAAAGGAUGAUAAUGGAGGAAACGGAUGAACUGCUGUGGGGCGUUAAGAAGCGGCAGCUACAUCCAAACCUGUACCCAAAGGUACUGAACAUAGACACCUUUGCUUAAUGUUCCUUCAGGAGAAUCCAUGGGAUGCCAUAGCUCUGAGCAUUGCACAAGUCAUCUUCCUCCUCCUGACAACUUGAGGCCUAUGAGUACGAUGUGCCAAUCCCUUUCUUUGUUUUAAAGUGGGGGAAAGCAAAUUUACUUACAGUUUUUCUUACUAGUUGGACAUUAAUAACAGGGUGAAAGGUGCCUAAAUCGGGGUACCGACAAAGGUUUAACCAUUCCUUUGUGCUGCGAAGCUUAGAGCCAAACCUUCGUGAGGGUCCCAAGUCUUUGUUGGUGGUAUAUAACUUUCUAUAUAGAAGUCAAUAAGAAGUUGCCAAACCAUAACAUAGACAAGGAAUGGCUUUCAUGCUUUUCUCAUUCUCCAGCACAAACUGGCCUCUUCAGCAGAAAGUUGUGGCAAGACCUAGCUUUCCCUUAGAACAAACUAAUGUUUGUUUGCUCUUAGAAUGUGGACCUAAUGUUUCUUGGAAACGUUGAAUUGAUUUUUUCCCCUCCUCCAUGCUGCAUUGCUUUAAUGCCUUACUGUGUGGAUGAAGCCCCCAGGAAAAUAAUAGAAGGAUAGUCUUCUUCAAAUUAAGAACUUGACAUUCAAGGUGCAUUGAAACAGGAGGUUUUGCAUGCAUGGGGUGUUCCAAGUGGUUUGUUUAGUGGAUCACCAUUUUACUGACUACUGCAGUUAAACACUAGUUUGUUUCAAAUGGCAAAAGGAAAGUGAUUCUUGACAAAAUACUGGGAACAAAGGACGAACAUUAUCUCCUGCUUAAAUCAGUUUCAUGGACUAGAGAGAGAGUGACUUCCAUAAGUGUCCUAAACAUUCUCCUCUUCUUUUUGUUGCUGUCCUUUCAUUGUCUAUUUCAUGUUAAGUAGAAAACCGUUUCCAUUGAAAUCCAUCUUUUUUCACAUUUCAGAGCUUCCAAAGGUGACUGUUGCAUUUUUGCAUUUUGUUCUACUUCUUGCUUUAUAUUUGGCGGAGCUCCGCUGUCUAUUAGAAUGUGUCUCUGUGCAAAUGAAUGCACAAUCCGGCAUCUAGUUAAGAUUUGCUUAAACCAUUUUGGCAAGCGAUAUGCAAAGUGGAUUGCAGAGAGACUCCUAUCUCUGUGUCAUUCUGCAAGUUCUUCAAUCAUGAUGAAAAAGGCCUGAUGCCUCUCUUAGUCUCUGCUAAAAAUACAUAUAUGGUGCAUUAGAGCACCACAGUCAUGCGCCGUUCACUACUGUAGGCCAGUUCAACCUCUUUAGAUUCAGCGUGUGAAACUGAAGUCGCAUUCAUCAAUAUACAUUGAUAGGAAAAUGCAUCUAACAUAUGGCAUUAAGGAAGAGUGAUGCAAAACAUAUGGUAGAUCAUCUUUUAAAUUAGUCGUUCGUUUCUCGGAACAAAUGAUACAGCACCAAAUAAUGUAUCAGGUGCAUGAAUAAAGUGGCAGAAUGAAUUAUCUUGACAGAUAUUCUUGUAAUUAGAACAAAGGAUUUCUAUAAUACACUUGAUUUUCCCCCCCACCAUUAAUAGUUUCUUCAACAGUGUUUUCUAAAUACUCCGAUUGUCACAUUUUCCUGGCAAAUGAAUGGCUAAAACACAUGGAAUAUUCUUUCUUCACUUUAAAAAAAUGAACUCUAAACCUUUAAAAUGUUUUUUUUAAUAACCAUAUAGUUAAUCUAAUUUCAGUUUCAUUUUGUAAAAGGACUGUAAUUAUCUUUUUUAAAAAUGCUUCUCAUCUAGGUUUAUCUUUCUGUCAUCACCGGGUAUUCAGCUCUAUAGAUGUAUUGUAUAUACUAAAUCAAAUAUCUUUAUUGAAUAUUCACAGUAUUUAAUAAUAAUAAUAAUAAUAAUAAUAAUAAUAAAUACAGAUUUGUUGUUAAGUACGUUAUAUGAUUUCAUGUAAAUGGUUUUGUACAAAUCUUUAAAGACGACUGCGGGUUUCUUUGCAUUUGUAGAUAUGGAAAAGUCAGCAAUUCAUUUCUGUGCGUUGGUCUUGCAUGUAUAUUUUUGCUGUACAUAAAAAGCGUGGCUUAGCUGGGUACCCUUCUGUUUCAACGGAUAAGCUUUCAGACUUUAAUACAGUAUAUAUUUUCAAAAAUAUAAACUUUUUAUAUCUCCGUGGUAGAUUAGGGUAAGCGUUUUAGGCAAUCUUUUCCCCCCCAAAAAUGGCUAACCAUUUCUUUUAAGCUCUAUCACUCAGAGGCUGGUGCCAGUUGUUUUCCACUUAGAAGCCUAUUCUCUCUCUUACCCUUAAUAGAUAUACGCAGGCAGGUUUUUUUUUGUUUUGUAUAGUUUGGAUGGCUUUUCAGUCCAGCCUUGAGAAAAAAGAGAGUUAAAGCUAUAAAUCUGUAUAAAUUUACUACAUUUGUGAAUAAGCCUUACCACUAGGUUGAAUCAAAACAUUGUCAACUGCAUCAUAGCAAUGGGUCUAACUAGAUGUGAUGGCAGCGGAUCAUGUUUUUGAAUAGGAAGGAAACCAGUUGUGGGUCUUAUCUGUCCCAUAAAGGCUUCCACCUGAAGGGCUGGAACCCAAAACUUCAAGCAGGAACUUCAUGGCAUAAAAGAGUAUGGGCAUACCUCCAAACAUCAUGCAACUCACAAAAAUGUGUACAGAGGUAUAUGGCCACUCAUCCCAUUCUAGUUCCCCAUUCUUUGAUUUAGAACAUGUGUCCGAAUUGUGUGGCCAACGGGUCACCUGCAGCUUUUCAGUGUGCCCUCGGACCCUCCGCAAUUUUAUCCCCCCUUCCAAAAAAAUACCCCUCUGAUCCCCCAAAAUGGAGAUCUCCAUAGGGCAUCCUUUUCCAUUGUAAGAUUACUUGGAGAGACGGCCUAUUUUUCAGACCCAAAUAAGCUCCCUUUUCCUCCCCGAAUCAUGACUUUUCAGUCACUUUCAGUCUUGAAACGAAAGGCAUGUACAAUCAGGCUGCGUCCACAGAAAUAAUUCUGGUUGGCACCACUAUAAUAAUAAUAAUAAUAGUAAUAGUA